AUGUGCAUCCCAAAGAAGACAAACCAUACCAUAAAAGUGGUGAAGAAUGAUAGAGGGGAAUGUGCCAGGGAACAUGAAAGCAUAUGCUCACUCUUCCAAAGCUUCUACCAGGACCUCUUCCAAUCUUCUCACCCGAAAGGCAUUGAAGAGGCACUUCAAGAUAUGGAGCCAAUGGUGACACUAGAGAUGAACAGAAAUUUUCUAGUGGAAUGCACUUUUGAGGAAGUUAAAAGUGCUGUGUUUGAGAUGCAACCCCUGAGCUCCCCAUGCCCAGAUGGAUUCUCUGUUGGAUUCUAUCAAGACAACUGGACUAUAGUAGGAGACAAGGUGUUCUCAGCAGUGAAGGAUUUUUUCUCAACCAGGUCAGGAAUAGGAGAGGUAAAUGAUACUUACAUUGUUUUAAUUCCCAAGAAGAAGUGUCCUGAUUUAGUUAUUGAGUACAGGAUGAGAAGCAAGAAAGAAGGGUAUAUGGCCUUGAAACUGGACAUGAGCAAGGCCUAUGACAAAAUAGAGUGGCCCUUCUUGGAAGCUGCCUUGAGAAAGAUGGGAUUUGCAGAAGCAUGGACUAAGCUUAUCAUGGAGUGUGCUGAAGAGAAAGGACUAGUAACUGGAUUUCCCUUUGCCAGGGGCUCUCUAUUGCAAGAACAUCAGUGCAUUCAGAAAGAAACCAUCCUAACUGCAGCUCAAGUGAAGGAAGCAAAGGCUUUUGAGAAAUACUUAGGCCUUCCCUCAUAUGUGGGGAGGCAUAAACUAGCAGCCUUCAGGCCCAUAUUGGACUCUAUUAGAAACAGGAUCCAGAACUGGAAGGUGAAAUUCAUAUCCCAGGUAGGUAAAGAAGUUCUCCUAAAAUCUAUUGUCCAAGCCAUCCCAACUUACUGCAUGAGCAUCUUUAAGCUUCCAAAGGUCAUUUUAAAGACCAUCAACAAGCUAAUGCAACACUUCUGGUGGGGAAGUAGAGAAGACAAAGUCAAAACCCAAUGGAUUCCUUGGAAGAAGCUUGGACAGACAAAAAGUGUAAGGGGGCUGGGGUAUAGGGACUUUAAUCAUUUCAAUAUAGCUCUCCUAGCAAAGCAGGGAUGGAGACUCAUACAACAACCCCACUCCCUUGCAGCCAGAGUUCUAAAAGCAAAGUACUUCUCAAGAACAGACUUCAUGAGUGGCAAGUUGGGCAGCAAUGCCUCAUACCUAUGGAAGAGUUUUAUGGAGGCUAAACAAGUCUUGGAAGAAGGCCUAUUCUGGAGAAUAGGAAAUGGAGACUCAAUAUACAUAGGGAGAGACAAGUGGAUACACCAACCCACUUCAUAUCGGGUUCAGUCCCCUUUAAGUGAUAGGCACUCAAGAUGGCAAGUGAGUGAACUGAUUGAUAAGCAAGAGAAGACAUGGAUCAGGUCCAUAUUGAGGGAGGUCUUCUUAGAGAGAGAAGCUACUGUCAUUAGCAAGAUUCCCAUAAGCCUGAGCAGGAGCCCAGAUCAACUAAUCUAG